GCCAUUGUUGGGUAUGCGGUGUUGCCGUGUAUGCAGAUUUGAACAGGCUGAUAGAAAAUAUUUUUUGAAUAAACUGGAAUUUUGAUACGUUUUCCAAGUAUAAACAUUACUGUAAUUUAUGUUAAUAUUGAGUCAUUGCAUUUUUAGGAACUUUAAGUUGUGUAGGUUGGCACCGGUGAAAAAUUUCUCUUUCAAAAUGAGAUUCAACUAUCCCAAAGCAAGAAAAGUUGAAGACGUAGUAGAAGAACUCCAUGGAAGAAAGAUUGCAGACCCGUACCGCUGGCUGGAGGACCCGGACAGCCCCGAGACGGUCAGGUUCGUGGAGCAGCAGAACGCGGUCAGCCGGCCGUUCCUGGACGCCUACCCCGCGCGCGACCGCGUCAAGGCCCGCCUCACCGAGCUGUGGAACUACCCGCGCUACUCGUGCCCGCGCAAGCACGGCGACAAGUACUUCUUCUUCAUGAACACCGGCCUGCAGAACCAGAGUGUCCUGUACGUACAGAACUCGUUGAACGCAGAGCCGACUGUUUUCUUGGACCCCAACUUGCUGUCGGAAGACGGCACCAUUGCCCUGUGCAGCAGCAGCUUCUCAGAGGAUGGGAAGACUUUUGCCUACUCGCUCAGCAAGGCCGGCUCUGAUUGGGUCACCAUACAUUUCCGGGAUGUUGACACUGGUAAGGACUACCCUGACGUUCUCAAGAAUGUCAAGUUCUCGCCACUCGCGUGGACACACGACAACAAAGGGUUGUUCUAUGCAAGGUUCCCGGAGAGCAGCACCAAGGCAGACGGCACAGAGACUGAGAGCAACCUCGACCAGAAGCUGUUCUACCACGUGCUCAACACCAGCCAGUCGGAGGACAUCAUGGUGGUGGAGUUCCCGGACAACCCUCGGUGGCUCAUGCACGUGGACGUGAGUGACGACGGAGAGUACCUGUUCGUGAUGCCGCAGGAGGGCUGCAAAGACAACCUGCUGUACUGCACUCGGCUGGCAGAUCUGCCGGCAGGGAAGAUCACUGGCAGGCUGGAGCUGACACAGCUCGUCCACAAGAUGGAGGCCGAGUAUCAGUACGUGACCAACAACGGCAGGAUUGUUUUCCUGCGCACCAACAAAGAUGCGCCCAACUACCAGCUGGUCGCCAUGAACCUGGACCGGCCGGAGCCCCGGCACUGGCGCUCGGUGCUGCGGGGACAGGAGAAGGACGUGUUGGACUGGGUGGCGCCCAUCGCCGGCGACAAGAUGGUCGUGUGCUACAUACGAGACGUGACGAGUCACCUGGUGCUGUGCGACCUGGAGACAGGCAGUCAGCUGUCUGCGCUUCCCCUCAGCUUGGGCACGGUGACCCAGUUCUCCGGCAAGCGGCGCUACAGCGAGAUGUUCUACCUGUUCACUUCGUUCCUCACUCCGGCCGUCAUCUACCACUGCGACCUCUCGGCGGGCUCCCCUGUCACCAAGGUUCUUCGUAAUACUGAGCUGAAGGGUUUUGAUGCAUCACCGUUCUUAGCAACUCAGAAAUUCUACUCCAGUAAAGAUGGGGCACGGAUACCAAUGUUUCUCGUGCACAGAAAGGACCUGGUGAAGAAUGGAUCCAGCCCGUGCCUGCUGUACGGCUACGGAGGCUUCAACAUCAGCAUCCAGCCGACAUUCAGGGUGCCUCGGCUGGUGUUCUUGCAGCACUUUGGAGGCGUUCUAGCCAUACCCAACAUUCGAGGUGGAGGGGAAUACGGGGAGGCGUGGCACAACGGUGGGCGCUUUCACAACAAGCAAAACGUUUUCGACGACUUCCAGUCGGCGGCAGAGUACCUGAUAGCCGAGGGCUACACUAGCCCCAACAAGCUUGUCAUCCAGGGAGGCUCCAACGGCGGGCUACUGGUGGGCGCCUGCAUAAACCAGCGUCCCGACUUGUUCGGGGCGGCCAUCGCUGAGGUGGGUGUAUUCGACAUGCUGCGGUUUCACAAGUUCACAAUCGGCCAUGCGUGGACCACUGAUUACGGCUGCUCAGAUGAUGUUGAACACUUUGAAACGCUGAUCAAGUACUCUCCGCUGCACAACGUCCACGUCGCUGAAGACGAUGUGCAGUACCCGGCGACGCUGCUGCUGACGGGCGACCACGAUGACCGCGUGGUGCCGCUGCACUCCCUCAAGUUCAUCGCGACCCUGCAGGCCACGCUCGGCCACGUGGAGAAACAGACUAAUCCACUUAUGAUUUAUGUGGAUACGAAGAGUGGUCAUGGUGCUGGCAAGCCAAUGAGUAAAGUUAUAGAAGAAACAACAGACAUCCUUAGUUUCAUUGGCCAUGCAUUGGAGUUGGAGUUCAGAGUAUGACACCGAGUGCCAUAGGAUUAAAAAUGCGAAAAUUCAUUGAAAACGAACCCAAAGAUCUCCAUUAUGCCUGAAGUAUUUUCUUUUUAGGUUUUUAGUAAUUUUUCAAAAUGUUUUUCAGAUACGUUUGUACAAAUCAAAAAUUGUGUGUAUAGUAUUCAGUUCAGCUCACAGCUUGUCCAUGCUAACAUUGCUCACGUAAAAUGAUGCAUAUGUGGGAUGCUUGGCACAAAGUGUUAAGAAGCCACCCAUUGGCUGCAUCUUUGAGGUAAGUGGAAGUUUUUUGUGGCCAGGCGUAUAGCAUACCAGAGAUACAAGUCACUUUGCCUCUUAACAAAGCCUACCUCAGCUGAAACACAUGUGUUUGGCGAACUUGUUUGUUUGUCCUUCGGGAAUGUUGGCAAAGAAUUUUUGGCUGUAAAGCUUUACAUAUGUAGGUUGCAUUUACUACUGUACAGGGGGUUAUUACAAGUUUCUCGGGUAUUUGAUCCUAAUAUUGAUAUCAGUUCCAACAGACUGCUCGCUUACCAAUCAUAACCAAGCAGUUGACCGAGAACUGUUUAAGUUCUCUUCUAAGCAAUUCGUCUGUAUGUGGACUUGCUCUCUUGGCAAUGACUGGGUCUAAGGAUUUCCUAACACUUCUUUUCUGCCCCUCUCUCUCUCUCUGUCCUGAGUGUUUCAGACAACAAUAUUAGUGACACCUUUUUUAAAAAAAAUUUAAAUAUAAUUUAUUACAAAAUUUUAGCAAUUUUUACCAACUCCAUUCUUACAAAAUGGUCAUAUAAUGUAAAAAUGCACAACAGCAUAUUAUAUUGCUAAUGCACAGUGACAAGAUAAUAUGGUCAAUUGCGAUAAAACUUAAAUAGCACCAAAAAGUUUGUCAGUGUAACAUAUACAUAACACCAAAAUUCAAGUUAGUAAACCAUUAAGCACCGAAAUGCAAUUAAAAUCGUGAAACUACGCAAUCAGCAUUUUUAAUCAAAACUUUGCUGUAAUGACAAAUAUAUUUUCUUUUAAAUAUUAAAUUCAACUAAAGUAAUUCAUUUGGCGUGAUGUUUGUACCACAAUCUAAUAAAAAAAUAUUGGAAAAAGUUAACUUUUAAAAAAGAGGCAACUGUUAUUAGUUAUUCAUUUUUAUAUUAUGACCUUAGAACAUUUUUCAAUCUCAGAAAUACUUAACAUAUUUAAUUUAUUUGUUCCAAAAAGAUAGACAUGCUUUUUUAAAAUCAUUAUAUUGUAAAAGUGCAUCAUGUAUCUAUCUGUCAGAAUAACACUAUUUUGGAGAAAAGAGUAUCAUAGAACAUUUAAGUUUCAUAUUUAAGUAAUUUUAAUAAUUUUAAGCAUUUGGCUUGGUAAUUUUCUUCACCUUCAUGACUUUUUAUGGAAAUUCAUUUGUAUGAUUUGACAACUAUUAAUUGACUUUGAUACAUUUUUGUGACAAAUCGAGUCAACACAAAUUUACAACCUUUGCCUUACCUAAGAAUCUAACCGAGAACCGCCUUGCACUUAAACUGUAGUAUAAUUCUCUUGUAUAUACUAGAAAAAUAAUUACUUUUAUAACUUUAUAAGUGAGUUUUGUUUUACUCGAUUAAUAUUGUGAAUAGUGCCUGAAAGUUAGCGCUUGAAUAUUCAGCUUAGGCACAACAGUUGCUACCAUGCUUCCAAUCCGCCCUGUUUGAAAGCGAGUUGUCAAUCAUGCAGUCAAGUACGAAUCAAGACUUAAACGUAAGUUUGAAUACCCAAACACAAUAAAUUGUCCGAUAAUCGUAAUUUAACUAUCGAGAACGCCUUUCUGAGGAACUUGUAAUAAACCGCCAGUUCAGAAUUUGCCUUUGUACUUAGAUUAAUUCUUGCAGAUCUCAGCUUAUGACUUCAGCGAGCACAACCAUUGUUGUGAUCAAACAGUUGACCUAUUUUACAACUCGGAGCAGCUGGCUCAAUAGUGGUAUCCCUGGACCGUAAGUUUGCCACUUCUGUUCAGGGCACUGGAGGAUAUAAUCACCAAAGCACUUUAAAUGGCAAGCAGGGCCAAGUCAGCACCCUUAUUUUUUGUUGUAUAAGUACACAACCGCUGUGGCAAGGGGAUCGUCUUUGUUUCUGCUGUGCACGGGUCCAUAAAAAAACUGCCCACUUGCGUUUCAGCUGCGUGAAUGUUUUGAAUGAUGUACUGCAGCGAGUGUUGCUUUCCAAAGGCUGUUGAAAUACAAUAGUACCUGAUUACAUAAGCUAGCUGGUGUGUUUGUCUAGCCAUGGAUGCAAUUUAUGAAUCAACGUAAGGUACAGUGGUCGUGCAUUCACUUUGGCACACAUGUAACAAGGUGGAUUUACAUUUCACUGAAACAGUUAGCUUUGGUGAGCUGUUGCUGAUGACAACAGAAAAAAAAACUGAAGAGCAUAUAUCAAAUAUCUAGCAUUUGACGCAAGGCACAAAAUUUCUUGUAUUCUGUGCUAGGCUGUAUUUAGCCUGUGUUACUGUGCUUGAGACUACAUUUCGCAGAGAGCCGCAGUGUUGGAGAUUAUUUCAACUAUCUCAAAACUAUCAAUCUCUUACUAUAAAAUUUGUCUCCAUGUUAAAAGAGUUUGUAAAAAAAAGCUUACAUUUGCAGUACAGUAGAGCACCCCUCAACCGGAAUCAUUGGGGGGAGGUCUAUUCCGGUUAUGGGAAAAUUCCGGGUAAGGGGAGUUGCGGUAGGGCCGGCCUCCAAGCUGGUUGAAUGACCUUCAUUGUUCAUUUAAGCAAGCUGGCAAGCGGGUGUUUCUUAUCUCUAUGGGUGGGUGCAUGCGUGAGCGAAGAGGAUAAGAGGGUUGGGGGGGGGGAGGUAGUAGGCCUACAGCUGCAGUGUUAUGUUACUUCUGUGUUGAUGUGCUAGUGAUUCACACUUCCUGGAGAGUGUAUAGUCACUGCCACGCACAGUUGCACAGUUUACAUUUCACAUACACAAGAAUAACACUUCAAGCAUCUCGUUUAAAAAUACAGGUAAAUGUAGACUGUUUAACCAUAUAUUAACGUAUAAAUAUGUACAUAAUACAUAUUUGUACACUAAAUUAUUGUCUACAAACUGAAAGCAUCACACGUUGGAAGUAAAUGUUACUGGCUAUCACGUGUGUCAGCGUGUGUACUCUCGAGCUGGCCGGAAUUUUCCGUUUACUUGACAUAGUGAAACAAUAAAACUACUUACAGCAUAAACAUUUUUAUAGUAAUUCACGUCCGACGCGAAAACCAGCGGUGUAUUUACGCAAUGCGCGGGAAAGACUGGCUAUAAUUAGCUCUCUGACAGACAUGCACGCGCGCGCUUACAAGACAUGUACAGUCAGGCAAAAACAAAAACGCCUCGUUCCAGUGCGGAAAUGUUUUGGAGAUGUUUUGUAAUGUUUUAAUUUUUUUUUGGAAAAUUGUUCCGGAUAUCGGGAGUUCCGUUUGUGGGAAUUACGGUUGAGGGGUGCUCUACUGUAUAUGCAUGUUCUGAAGUCUGUAUUAUAUGUUCUAAAUUGGCACUGUUUGCAUCUAGCCUUAGUUACUGAUUUGCGAUGUACUCUUUGAACAUAUUCAGUGUUUGCAGAAACUCAGCCUUAUCGAGCUUCACUUCGUUAGUUAGAAAGAGGCAUGCAAGUUCGCCUUAAUAUACAAAUACACUGUUAAAAAAUUUGUAAUGAACAAACAUCUCUAUUGUACAACUUCAGAAAACAGGCGAAAUGGACAAACAUAAUUUUGACUGUUUAUUGUGUAAUAUAGCUUUUUUGGGGAGUUAUCUAGUAAAGCUUCUACAUAUUUGAAAGUAUGCAGAUCAUCUCACAAUACUACUAUUGUGAUUUCACUCUACAUUAAAAUAUAAAUAUAUUUUUUUUAUUCAAACAAAUAAAAAAAUUUAAAUUAUUAAUUUAAAUUUUCAGAGGAAAAAAAUAUUUGCUAUUAAAUUUGAUAUCUUUGCAUGGAUAGCAAAACAUUCGCUUUGCACUUUGCAUUUCACACACAUUUCAAAAUCCAUUUCUUGAAAAUUUAGUAAUGUAUAAUUUAGAUAUAUAACAGGUUAGGCUAAAUUAUAAAAAUUGGAGUCAUUCUGCUUUAUUGUAUAUAUGUUAAAACAUUUUUAAAUAGCCCUGGUUGUAUAGGUAUGGGCAUGUAUUUUCUUCAUUGUAUGUGGUGUUCAAUGGUGGAAGCAUUAGGUCAGUACUAACUGAAUUAGUUAUACUUGGUGCUCACAUUUUUUCUAGUCGUGCGGUCGGUACUUCAGAAACCUGUUUGUCACGUGUAACGACAUCAUGGUUUCAGACAAAUCCUGUAACUAUGCUUACUAUUCUUCUAAUAUAUUUCACGAACUGUUGAAGAGCGAGGCUCGGAAGAGAACUGUGGCACUUACUGCAGUAAAAGUUCAACUCUUGCUUAAAGCAGUAUUUGUAACAUGGUUUGCAGCAAAGAGGGUUGUGACGACCAUCAGUGAUGGUACAAUAAUAUGCAAGCUAUACGACAUUUCAAAUGUUUCCUUUUUUAAUUCUUGCAUAAAUGUUUGAUGUAACAUUAAAAAUGUUGUUGCUCACUGUAAAUGUUUUUUUUUUUUUUUUAAACAAUAUUCGGUAGUGCAAAGUCAUUUUAAAAUACUGUAGUUCAGUUUUUAUACAAGACCUUCAUGUUCAUAAUUUUAUUCCGUAGAUGCUGUGUUAGCGACGUUUGUUUAUCCAGUGUGCAGGGUCAUUAUUUGGAUUAAAUACUUAAAACAUUUCUUACAAUCUCUUGUAUGAAAUGUUAUAAUUUGAAGUUGAACAAAAUGGGUAAAUGUGUACUUUGUGUUACCUCAAUAGAUGAAAUAGUGUAAGCAAUCAAAUGGUUUAUUAUAAUUUGAAAAAUAUUUUGUACAGUCAAAAUUUGUUAAGUGGCAUUAAAGUGUUUUCGCUAAGA